AAGUUCUCCCUGCGGAUGUUCGGCAGCCACAAGGCGGUGGAGAUCGAGCAGCAGCGGGUCAAGUCGGCGGGGUUCUGGAUCAUCCACCCCUACAGCGAUUUCAGGUUCUACUGGGAUUUGAUUAUGCUCCUGCUCAUGGUGGGAAACCUUAUCAUCCUCCCGGUGGGCAUCACAUUCUUCAAAGACGAGAACACGCCACCCUGGAUUGUCUUCAAUGUCCUUUCAGACACCUUCUUCCUGGCCGACCUGGUCCUGAACUUCCGGACAGGCAUUGUGGUAGAAGACAACACAGAGAUCAUCCUGGAUCCGUAUACUAUCAAGAUGAAAUACCUCAAGAGCUGGUUCCUGGUUGACUUCAUCUCCUCCAUCCCAGUUGACUACAUCUUCCUCAUCGUAGACCUGGAGACCCAGGUGGAUUCCGACGUCUACAAAACAGCCCGGGCGCUCCGCAUCGUCCGUUUCACCAAGAUCCUCAGUUUGCUACGCCUCCUCCGGCUCUCCCGGCUCAUCCGCUACAUCCACCAGUGGGAGGAGAUCUUCCACAUGACCUACGACCUGGCGAGCGCCGUGGUGCGCAUCUUCAACCUCAUCGGGAUGAUGCUUCUUCUGUGCCACUGGGAUGGGUGCUUGCAGUUCCUGGUGCCCAUGCUGCAGGAUUUCCCAGAGGACUGCUGGGUCUCCAUCAACCACAUGGUGAACGACUCUUGGGGGAAACAGUAUUCCCACGCCCUGUUCAAGGCGAUGAGCCACAUGCUGUGCAUCGGUUAUGGCCAGCAGGCGCCCGAAGGCAUGACCGACGUUUGGCUGACGAUGCUGAGCAUGAUUGUGGGGGCCACGUGCUACGCCAUGUUCAUCGGCCACGCCACAGCACUCAUCCAGUCCCUGGACUCCUCCCGGCGCCAGUACCAGGAAAAGUACAAACAAGUGGAACAGUACAUGUCCUUCCAUAAAUUGCCUGGAGACACACGACAACGGAUCCAUGAGUACUACGAGCACCGUUACCAGGGCAAGAUGUUUGAUGAGGAGAACAUCUUGGGAGAACUGAGCGAACCUCUCAAAGAGGAAAUAAUCAACUUCAACUGCCGCAACCUGGUGGCCAACAUGCCUCUUUUCGCGAACGCCGACCCGAACUUUGUGACCGCCAUGCUGACCAAGCUGCGCUUCGAGGUCUUCCAGCCAGGCGACUUUAUAAUCCGAGAGGGCACCGUCGGCAAGAAGAUGUACUUCAUCCAGCACGGAGUUGUCAGCAUCCUGACUCGCGGCUCCAAGGAAAUGAAACUUUCCGACGGCUCCUACUUUGGGGAAAUCUGCCUCCUGACCCGGGGUCGACGUACAGCCAGCGUGCGUGCCGAUACCUACUGCCGUCUUUAUUCGCUCUCGGUGGACAACUUCAACGAGGUCUUGGAGGAAUACCCCAUGAUGCGUCGGGCCUUUGAAACUGUAGCCAUGGACCGGCUGGACCGCAUAGGGAAGAAGAACUCGAUCCUGCUGCGCAAGCGAGCAGAGCACAGCUCCAACACCGUCAACAACGAGAUCAUCCAACAGAUCGUCAAACACGACCAGGACGUGGUGCACAACAUCAAGGACGUGCAGCCGGUGACGGCCGGGCGGGAGCUGAGCGGCAAGCCUGUGAUCUGGGAGCCGCUGGUCCACGCCCCGCUGCAGACGGCGGCCGCCACCACCAACGUGGCCAUCGCACUGACCCACCAGCAAAGCCUUGCGGCUCACAUCUUCCUGCCCCCGUCCUCCGUGUCCAGUCCUCUCUCCCCCGACGCCGUCCUGGUCCCCCGCCACCCUCGGCGCUCCCAGCCCAGCCUGGGCGGCUCGCGCCCCUCCUCGGUCAGCUCUCCGGCAUCGGGGGCACAGUCCCACCUGCAGACCCCCGCUGCCGGCUCUCUGUCCUCUCCCAUGGUGCAGUGCACAUCGCCCCUGGAAAGCGCUGGGCCCAGAGGCGCCCCCGCGGGGCCCCCCAUCCCUCGGCCAGCGCAGAGGGGAGAACCUGCCCCGGGAGCAAGCCAGCCGCAGCUCUCCAAGUCCCGCGGCACGUCGGUCUCCACCUCGCUCCUGCAGCAGCCCGCGAGCACCUCCGCCGCCCUGCCCGGCCGGACUCUCCAUUACAGCCUCUCCCGGGCCACGGGGUCCCACAUCUCCCUGUUCCUGCAGCCUCAGCAGCUGGUGAAGCACCGGAGCACGCAAGGCCUGUCGGUGGGCCGCCUCACCCAGGAGGUCAGGCCGCUGUCGGCCUCCCAGCCCUCCUUGCCGAACCGGCUCACCCAGCAGGCGGACGUGGGCCCCUCCUCGCAGGCCCGGAAGUCGGCUGGGAAUCUGACGCACCGGUCCUCCCCCUCGGUCCCGGGGCUCCUGGCCAAACCGGCCCCCAGGGCGGGCGGCCAACCUGCUCCUCCGCAGCAGGUGCCCCUGGGGGCAAGCCGCUCCACGAGUGGGACGGGCACCCUGCAGUCCCCCGCCUCUGCCCCCCGCCCUGCCGCCACACCGCCCCGGAAGGGCUCCGUGGCAUUUAGCCCCGACGUGGACACCGGGAAACCGAAGCUCCCCUCCAACAUGUGA